CGGGCCCCGCCAGCGCCGCUGGCUCGACAGCCGCCGCCAAGGCCGGUCCGCCCGCAGAGCCUGCCGGGCGGGCCGACCGCCAGGGGGCGCCACAUCCGGGGCGGUGGCGGUGCCGCCAUGGCAGCCGCGUUCAGAACUGUGGAACCAUUGGAAUAUUACAGAAGGUUUUUGAAAGAGAACUGUCGACCUGAUGGAAGGGAGUUAGGUGAAUUCCGAGCAACCACUGUCAACAUAGGUUCAAUUACAACUGCAGAUGGUUCUGCCCUGGUGAAAUUAGGAAAUACCACGGUGAUUUGUGGAGUGAAAGCGGAACUUGCUGCACCUGCAGCAGAUUCUACUAAUAAAGGGUAUAUUGUACCAAAUGUAGAACUACCAUCCCUCUGUUCAGAGAGGUUUCGCUCCGGACCACCUGGUGAAGAGGCUCAAGCAGCAAGCCAGUUCAUUGCAGAUGUGAUUGAAAAUUCACAGAUGAUAGCGAAAGAAGAUCUGUGUAUUGCAAAUGGCAAGCUUGCUUGGGUGUUAUACUGUGAUAUCAUAUGUCUGGACUAUGAUGGAAACCUUUUGGAUGCCAGUGUCUUUGCUUUGUUAGCAGCAUUAAAAAAUGUACAAUUGCCAUCGGUUGUUAUAAAUGAAGAAACUGGUUUAUCAGAAGUGAAUUUAAAACAGAAGAGUCCUUUGACUAUCAGAAAGCAUCCAGUUGCCACAUCGUUUGCUAUAUUUGAUGACACAUUACUCAUUGUUGAUCCAACUGCUGAAGAGGAAGAUUUAGCAACUGGAACAAUAACCAUUGUCACUGAUGAAGAAGGGAGACUAUGUUCUGUCCAUAAACCAGGUGGAAGUCCUCUUACAGGAGCCAAGCUUCAGGACUGUAUCACCAGAGCAAUUACAAGACAUAAAGAAGUGAAGAAGCUGAUUGACAAAGUAAUAAAAAGUAUAAUGUCUAAGUGAAUGAAAGGAGAGAUCUUUUAAAAAAUGGAUUUGUAAAAAUUGUAUUUGUUACAGUGUUCACAAACCUUUUAUACUAAAUAAACAAAUACCAAUACUA